AUCGAAACGCAGCGCAGUUCCGCGAAACAGGGUGCGCACUGGGCAGACGCGGUCUCUGCCGCUGCGGCGCUGAAAUACAAAGCCAUUCUUGGAAUUAGAUUCCUAGAACUUCCGUCAAUCCGCAACACUGAAUUUACAAGAGAGUGGUUUUCUCACCGUCUUUCCUUAGAAUCGAAUAAGAACAGUGUCUGGUGAGCGGAUUACUCCGCUGGACUUCACCCUAUAUUUUUUCGGAGGUUGAAACUGACACGUUGGAGAUUUUAUAGUUAUGACCAAAAUAAAUUUGGAUUAUUUUAAAUUUGGAAAAAAAUCUGAAAAGUCUAUUUAGUUAUUGAGAUUACUUUUGUUUUUCGGGUUAUUGGCGCCAUGACAACGUCAACUCAGUGACUGUUCCUACAAUAUAUAAUAAUCACUGGUUUUAUUUGAUAAUUGUAUAAGCAUACAUGCCAAAAUGUUUAAACUGGAUUCAUAUUCAUUAUGAUUUAUUGUGUUCAAAGGGCUCUGUUGCGAGGGCCACCUUCAGAUAUGAUUGCCAGGAUGAUGAGCAGCAUGCAGCAGAAUGAUGGUGAGAGAGGAGAUUUGUGUUGUCAGAACCCGACUGCCCCUCCCUGUGACCCUACAGAGGACCUCUGCUGCAUCACCACCACCUUCCAGAACCUACAGAACUCAGGUUGGUACUGGGGGUCCAUUUCAGCCAGAGAGGCUCGAGACGCUCUCCUGAAGGUGUCAGUGGGAACCUUCCUGGUACGCGACAGCAGCCACCCUCUCUACAUGCUGACCCUGUCAGUGAAGACGGCCUGUGGCCCCACCAAUGUACGCAUAGAGUACAGUGGGGGUCGCUUCCGGCUGGAUUCCAGCUCCCCAGGCCCCCCUCACUUGCUGUCCUUCCCUGAUGUCUGCAGCCUGGUGCAACACUAUGUUGGCUCAGGCCAGACACAACAGGGCAAGAGAGUGGAGUCAGAGGGCCCUUCAAAACCUAAUGCCAAACCCAGCCCUUCCCAGCCCUCAGCGAAGGACAAUGCAGUACUGCUCAAGCUGAUGCGUCCCCUGCCACAGGCCUUCCCCUCUCUCCAGCACCUCACACGCCUCACCAUCAACUGCCAAAUCGACUGCAUUGACCAGCUGCCCCUGCCACGCCCACUGGUGCACUACCUGCAGGACUACCCUUUCCAGGUAUGAGGGUCCUCUGGCAGCCAUCCCUGCCCAAGGAAGGGCACACAGCCGGCCCAGGGACCUCCCAAUGAGGGUUAAAGGUUAGGACCUUAUGCUUAUAGGGUCAGAGAUAGCCUCUGACUCAGCUCAGCUGGACAGUGGAGCGUGGAAACAAAGUGCAGUGUUGCCUUUGGAAGAAUAGGACUUUAAAGUCUCACUGGGACUUGGGCUGCUCGUACUGACAUCCAUGAACCGGACACCUGAACCGGACACCAUUUAUACUGUUUACUUUAAUAUUAAUAUAAUUACAUUAUAUGGAUUUUGUGUCUAUUGUUUCAAAUAAAUCUCUUUUAUAGUAAAAAAAA